AUGGACAGAUGGAUAGACAAACAAGAAAACAAAAACAACAAGCUGAAGUCUAUACAGCGCCGCCGACGGCAGCUUUUGCUAGCGCAGCGGGCAUGUCGAGCACGCAAAGGGGCGCAUAUUCAGGCGCUUGAGAAACGUGUCGCGCGGUUAGAGUCUGCUCUAGAACAAACAGGCCAGGCGAUCAUUUCGUUUACUGAUACUCUUGUUGAGCCUCAAGCCCUUGCUUCGCAUCAGAAGAUUGCAUACCACCUUCGCGACACUGUGAAGACAUGCCUCGAUAUGGCGAACGAUUGCCUGGAGGAUGUCAAUGAUUCCAAUCUACUCGAGACAUCGCUGAUCGGUCACACAUCAAUCGUUCCGCAAGCAUGUGCGAGAAAUGAACAAGAGGAAUGGCCUCUUUCGGAAGGCCAUGCUGGCUUAAGCCUGCUGUCUCGUAAUCUACUACCCCCAUCUGCGCUAAAUGGUGCAAAGGUAAUCGAAGCACCUGUCUUCGUUGAUAAUUUGAGGAUAGCAUGUUUAUACCAGGGCUUUCUUUUGCUUAAUAACUCCUCUGUCCCCCUGGAAGCUUUAAGACGACCAUUUCGACUCCUUUUAUCACUCGUUACGCGGGAAACCAUUGCAUCAUACUUUCAUACUUGCCUAUAUGCCAGAUUAAACAAUAAACAACCAGACCACUCCAGCUGCAUUCCAUCCUUCAGGCUGGGCGGAGCCGGUACCCAUUACCCUGAGGUUGUCGCAUCAAACCAGGUGGGAUCGAGAUCGGAGCAACAUGAUACUUCUAUGAUUCAUGACACUUUAUCGGCUUUUUCACCGGAGGCUCAAAAAGAGCUCGAUGGACAGUGGUUUGAUCUAUUUGAUCUAAUGGGCUUUCUACGAGCACAGGGAACUACUCUUUCAAUGGUGCCACCAGUCAAUGAUACCACGCAUCGUACAGUAAAUGCGGUGAAUUUCAUAUCAGCUUUGAUUGGGAAGGGAAUAUGUCUAGGAGACACUCCUGGGUUCAAGCGGAGCGAUGUCGAAAUUGCAGUCGACUCUUCUUUGUGGAAAUAA